AUGCUGUUGUGUAUUGGAAACCUCCCAAAGCCCAUGAUCUGGGCAGAGCCACACUCUGUGAUUGCCAUAUUCACACCUGUGACUAUUUGGUGCCAGGGUUCCUGGGAGGCUGUGGAGUAUCUUCUGCAUAAAGAGGGAAACAAAGAUCCUUGGGACAGGCAGCUCCCUCUGGAACGGGAGAACAAGGCUAAGUUCCACAUUGAAUAUGUGUCAGAUGACUUUGCAGGGAUAUACAAGUGUUACUAUAGGAGCCCUGCUGGCUUGUCAGAGCGCAGUGACACACUGGUGCUGGUAGUAACUGGAGCCUAUGUUCAACCAAGCCUGUCUGUCUGGCCCAGCCCUGCUGUGGCUUCAGGAGAGUCAAUAACGAUGCAGUGUAGCUCAUCACUGAGAUUUGACAGAUUCAUUCUGAUCCAUGAAGGAAAACAUAACCUCUCAUGGACACUGGACUCACAGCAACAUGCCAAGAUGUUAUUCCAGGCUCAUUUUGUUCUGGGCUCUGUGACUGCCAACAACAAUGGGACAUUCAGAUGUUAUGGUUAUUUUAAAAAAAAUCCCCAGGUGUGGUCAACAUUAAGUAAUCCCAUUGAUAUCCUUGUUUCAGGUAAGGAUCCAUGCUUUGUUAAUUUAUAUGGACUGGAAAGGUACCAGAAAGUUCUUAUCGGAGUUUUGGUGACCCUAUUCCUGCUUUUCUUCAUCCUGCUUCUUCUCAUCUUCUUAAGAUACCAGUGUAAAGGCAAAAAUAAGAACACAGUCCAAGGGGAGACCAACUUGCAACUUCUUGCAGGGGAUCCACAGUCAACACUCAGAGAUAGACUCCUUCAGAAGAGAUCCAAUCUGGAUACUGACAACAAGGAAGAAAACCUGUAUGCUUCUGUGAAGGACACACAACCUGAGGAGAGAGUAGAGCUGGACAGUUGGAACCCACAUGGUCAAGAUCCCCAGCGAACUCUUUAUGCCCAAGUGAAACCCUCCAGACAUCAGAAAGCAGGGCUUACCUCUCCAUCUCCACUGUCAAGAAAAGAGUUGGACAUGAAGAACAAUCAAUCAGGAGAGAACAGAGAGGUUCACCCGCAG